AUGGGUUGUGGAAAAGCAUCAAAAAAUAUAACAGCACCAGUUUCGAAUACAGUAACACCUGCUGCUUCAACAAACCAAGAAAACCAAGAAGUAAGGGUCGACACAAAUCCUGAUAAGCUUACUGUAAAACAUGAUGAAAAUAUAGAAGGCAUCAGCGCGAUUCUUGAACAAGCUGAAGCUUUGAAGAUCCACGAUGAAAUAUAUGAUCCAGUCGUCGACCAGCUAAUCCAGGAUUUAAAUCUUUAA